CUCGUUUUCUUCUUUUUCAUGGGGAGUUCUGAGAUCGUGGUAUCGUUUUGCCUUAUUCUACCAUCAUUCCAUUGAGAACGAGCAGCCUAGCUGGCCAUUUGUUCUCGUUCUUUCGGCUCCCCUUAUGGAUCAGGAACUUAGUCACCGGCUAGAGGCAGAUUUUUAACUUGGCGAAAGCAAGGAAUUAAGGAAAGCAAAACUUUGAAAUCCAUGUACCACAAAUGUUCUGAAGCGAACGAGUUGCCAUCAGACGGUGGACAACUGGGGUGCUCGGGGCAUAUCCAAUUGUUUCUUCUCCUGAGGAUUGAUGAUCCGUUGGAAGACUCUAGAAUAAUUACCCAAAAUUUGUUGAGCUUCUAGAUUGCAAAUAGAUGUUGUGACAAUUCAUCUCAUCCACUAGUUCCGCAGCAGAGCACAUAGUAUCUUGAAACCAGUUGCCAACCAACGGAGCCAUUCAUUACUGCUCAUGAUCACAGAAGCAGACGUUGAAGCACAAGCCUUGACAGUUAGUUCAAGCCCUACAGCAACUGUGGAAUCAGGUAUCGAAUGUCUGAGGACGCACCACCUUGGCGCGCAAAGACAGCUUGUAGAAAGAGAGAUAGAGUGCAUCACAAAUGAGCUCAAGCUCUACGGACAGUAGAUACUAGGCUGCUUGGAAGGUGUUGAAGCGUGAGCGCUUUAAAUAACCUCCCAAGCGCAUAGCUUAUAGAUAGAUGCUCGAUAGCAUCCGGGCCCGCCUAAGGCGGGCCACAGACCGGCGAAGGCAGGCCAGCCGCGCCGAGCAAUUGGCCGAGUCCCCUGAUCAGGCAUUUCAGGGUUUAGUGGAACCUUCCCAUGAGCUCAAUCACACCAAGCCCGAGGGCGUUCAGACCAAGCACCAAGUGCCCGAGCUUAUUCUCAACAGGCCUCAAACGGUGGACCUUGGGAGCUUGCUGCAUUCGAAGGGGUUAGAUGAGCCGCACAUUGCUCCCCCCGGGCUGGUAGAAGCAGAUGCGACAAGGCCAAAAUCGAGUCAAGGGGGAAUAAGGGCAAGGGUGGAGCGGCGCAAGAGUGGGGGGGAUGCGGAGAUGUUGGUUUUGGAGGGCAGGAAGGGGGGGGCGGCGGGGAAGCUCGUGUCAGAGUGGGAAGCAGCAGUUGAGGAGAGCCCUUUGCAAAUCAGCACGAUGCCUCUUCGAGAGGCGUUGACCAGCCCCCGCAACCGGCCGACCUCUUCCAAACCAUCAGACAGGCGGGCGGAGUCGAGCAAGUCAAAGAAGGACACGUGUCAGCCGCAGGGCGUCCCUGCCAGACAGCCGGUCGACGAUUGGGCGAACGAUCGGAGAGCAAAGACGAGCCACGGAAGCAGAAGCAAAUGUACCGAGGGAGAUGAGUUUACAAAUCCGGUCAAAAAGCGGGUUCAAUCGGCGCGUCAGGUUAACCGACGGGAGGAGCGGGGUUCCGACGAGGGUCAGGAAAACCGGGGGCUUAACCCGGAGGCCCCCAGUCCGUACAAGCCCGCGCGCACGGAGAGCCGUCCAUCGAGCUCCCAGUCAACGGCCGAGAAGUCGCCCUGGAAACGCCCAGGAAAUUUAAGACGGGCCUCAGUCCUUGCGCCAGCAUUCGGAACCACUAACGGAUUAGACGGCACGCAAGAAAAGUUCGUAGUCCGGGGAAGGGGCGGGUUAGAGGAGCGGAAAGAAGGGCGAGUUGCAAAGGGGGGCGUGGCCAAAGCGAAGGAAAAGGUUGGGGGAACGAAAAGAGUAAUGAAAGGGGCAACGAACGCAGGACGGUCUGGAGCGCAGGAUAUGGAGUGGCGGGAAAAGACGCCCCAGCUGGCGAAGAACCUGCUGGCGAGCAGUGGUCCCUCGCAAGAUCCCCCGGCCCGCAGCCGCCGAAAGUCCGACGGAGACGAAGCCCCCAAACGGAGAGUUGCGACUCUCGUUUCGAAGCGGAGAGUGUCUCUUGAUUCUGCUCCCAGCCCCAGUACCAGCAGCAGGGGAGUCGCUUCUGAGCCCCAAGGCCCCCCUGGAACCGGAGCUCCGGCCGGGGGGGUAUCGGGAAACGCUUCCGCGCGGUCGAGCGAUCCCCCAACUAGGGGAACCGUGGAGGAGAAAGAAAACGCUUCCUCGUCGCCGGCAAGCGGACGUGACGUCAGCUCUGCCACCUUUGAUGACGUCAGCACGAGCGUCUCAUCAGGAUCUCAAGGGAAAGGUCCAAAGAGCGUGGCGGGGGGCGCUUUCGUUCCGGUCAGCGGAAACCGGAAGAGCAAAGCGGGGUGCGCCCAGAAGGACGGAGCACGAGACGGCAAUUCCUGUGUCUCUGGGCUGAGCGGAACAGCGGAAGCGGCACCAGGCGGAAGAUGCGGCGAUCAAGCCGGACUAUUGAUCGGGAGGGGUUCCAACCGCCCCUCGACGCCGUCUCCCUUCGCAAUCGUCAGCAAGAAGGAAGACGACGCAGCACGCAAAGCGGGAACCGUUGGAGUGGCACGGAGCCUGUUCCGGCCUUCGGAUGAGGGCGGAAAGGUCCAAACGGACGAGUCCGGCUCCGGCGACCUGCUGGAAUGGAUUCAGGCGGACGGCCGGAAGGCCGGAAGCACGGGUUCAGAACGUAUCCGCAAAUGGGGGGGAGCGGAAGCGGCUGAUGGUGCCCCCCCGGAAAGCACCAACUCGAAAAACUCGAGAGCUCCCGUUUCCGGAGAUACAGCGAAGGGGGCCGACCCCAGUGUGACGUCACCCGAAGUCCCGACGUCCAGACUGCAGAUCGGCGAGGCGUCAGCGGAAUCAGGCUCGUCAGCGGAACCAGCAAGACUCACGAGUGACUUCAUGCUGACGCACGACGCGCUGACAUCGGGACAGCACGCGGAGCGGCGACUCAUGCAAGAGUGCGCUGCGGUCAUGGAGUGGCUGGGCUUCAGCUUGGAAGUGCUGCUGGAAGAGAUCCUGGAACCGCCACCGAUUACCGCAUCCCCGAUGCACCGAUUGAAGGAGGCGAAGGCGACCGGAAGCCCGAGGACCCUGGCAAAACGGUCGCCGAGAGGCAGCCCGAAAGGUCCCCCGAGGAGCCCCAGCAGCAGCCCGCGGCUGGGGAAGCACGGCUCUCCGACUAGCAAACUGUCGCCGCUUUGGAUCCCCCCUUAAAAUAUCGAGCUUCGGUGCAUUUAGCAACGGCAAUCUGGUGACUUUUUGUUCACAGUAUGGCUGUGUUGCCUAGAUACGGGUUCCGGGAAGAGGGGGUGGAGUUUGGGGGUUGCUAGUGGUAACGGGUGCGGAGCGCAAGACGGCCUGGAUCAGGGUUUUUAACAGGCGGGUGCUUCAGAUUAGAAAAAUGCAAGGCUUGAGUGAAGCCUUGAAGACAGUAGUUACCUUUAAGAACGACGACUCGCGCAUCCAUGAGUGGAUGCAGGGAUACUUAGACUGACUGUGUGACGGUUUGUAUAUGAGCGCCGCGGAGAAUCUCAGAUGAGGCCGGUCCAAGCGGGUGCCGGAUCAAUCUGUUCCCACUUUAGGUUUGAGAGAGAAGUAUUUGGUUAACGCAGCGCAGCACAGAGAUGGGGUGCUUCCAUGCGUGAGGCCAUGCGAGAAUCAGACUGCUAGAAAUCGGUGUAAGGACGAUAGAUCAUAUGCAUCCCUCAGGUACUAAGAAUCUAUAGGAUAAUAUUUCGAGUAAUCAGCGGCCGCCUGAUCGGCCGACCACUGGCACCAUAUCAUGGUCAC